AUGUUAAUACGAUUCAAGUCUGCCAAGAAGAAAGGAGGCAGAGUCAGUAAGGCUGAGAAGGAGAGGCUGCAGAAAGAGGAAGAGGAGCGGAGACUUAAGGAGGAAGAAGAAGCUCGUCUCAUUGCCGAGCGAGAAGAGCAGGAGAGGUUGGAGAGGGAACGAAAAGAAGAAGAGGAACGACAGAGGCUUGAGUUAAAGGACCGAGAGCGCAGAGAGGAUGAGCUGAAUGAACUGCGUUUCAUGCUGGAGGAGAACCAGAAUGCAGUUAACGCAUGGGAGGCCACAUGCAAGGAGAAAGCCAAGUGGGAUCGCUACAUGCUUUGUGAUGGCAGUCCAAACCCUGCUGUGCAACCAGAGAUCAAUACCUUCAUCAGUCUGUGGAAGGAGAACCCAGAGGUCCAAAUCCAGCCACUCUUACAACAGUGUGCCUUGGCUUUGCGGCUGACAGAUGAACUGGACCUUCUUCUGAGGGAGGAGCCUGAACCCUCUGUGGCUCAGGUGUAUCAGGACACACUUCUCUCUCUCCAGAGUCUCAUCCAUGCCAAACACCAGCAGGCCACUGAGGAGAUACUGAAGUGGGCUAAGGCUUGUUCGGACAUUGAGACGGGUAACAUGCAGACAGUAGUGCAAGAUGACAGUAUCACCCUGUGCCUGUGGGCUAACCUCAACAAAAACCCAAGGUUUAAAGGAUACCAGUUCAAGGAGGUGGGGCUGGGCUUUGAGCUGCCCAAGCAGCUGGCCAUGAGUGAUAUCGGUGUGAGGAUCCUGCACACACACUAUGACCACCUGUCCCACCUGAGCCAAAAGGCUCAAGCCCAGAGGAGAAAGCCUGCUAGGGAUGAAGUGAAUGAGGAGACCACUCUGGCAGAGACCCCCAAAGUACUGGAGGAUGAAAAGGAGGAGGGGAGGGGGAGUGCAGAACAAGCAGAGGAUGAGCUCCGGUCACUUAAAUCUGAGCGUAAGAAGAGUGCUAUCAGCGUGCGUUCUGCUAAGGAGGAGAGGAAGAGCUCUUCACUCAAAGAAAAGCAGGAGGGAGAAGAAGGUCAGAUAGAGACCGUGAUGGAAGGAGUCGCCUCAUCUGGAGAAGGAACAGAUGAGGCUGACUCCACCCCCGCUGUAGUAGAGCCCGUGAUUGACAGCACGGAGGUCCAUGUAGUGGAUCUGCAGCAGUACACGCCUCUAGGCGGAGUCUUCUACUUCAACGUCUUUCGCCUACCACCACAGUCUCACACGGUCAGCGGCUGGGAGAUGAGAGAGUUACUAGACACAGGUCUGCAGGUCUUCCCGUAUCCCUCGGAGCACUCGCAGGUGCACAGCUCGGUCUCGGGGAAGCUGGAUGAAAACAACACACAGUUCCCUCCUGUAGGGGUCACUGUAGCCCUGCCUGAUACUGUGGUCUUCCUGGAGGAGCCACAGGUGGCCCGUUGGGACCCUGUCGGCCAACACUGGCGGACAGACUGCAUUACAGAGACGUCGUACAACGCCGAGGCUCGCAGCGUCUCCUUUAAGAUGGAAUCCUUCUGCGCCUUCACUCUUCUGCAGGAGACGUACGCGAAUCUGCCCUUCCAGUCUUGGGAGCUGAGGCCGCUGGGCCAGGACUCUGCCCUGCUGACCAUCACUACAGCUCUCACUGAAGUCAGCAUCACGGUCAAGGGCAGCCAGUGCAUGCUUCAGAUGGACGAGGUUCAUGAACUGGCACAUUUACUGGGCAAAUGGAUGAGCUUCUCCGCUCUACAGACGGCCAUGAGGCGUGCCGGACUCAACAUAUUUGUUAAUGAGUACUCAGACAAGUAUGUCGUUGUCAAUGCCAAGGAUCCAUUGAUAGAGCAUGCAGUAUAUGAGCAAAUGGCCCUGGUGUCCUCAGCCUUUGCCUUCUCUUGGAGCAAGUGGAACGCGCAGUGUGGACAGGAGCAUCUUGUUCUUCAGGUGUGUGAGCAUCUGGAGGCGGGGCUUGCGCCAAAGAAGGCGUGGUCUCUAUACCUGCUAGGAGCUCAGAGGACUCAGCGUUUGAAAAUGACAGAAAGGAGCGACGAGUUCUCACCGGAGCUGGCUGAGGGAACCGAGUUCCACUCCACCUUCCUGCACAUGCUCAGAGACAGCAUGAGCCCUGAGGGGCGGGCCAGAGUCGGCCACUCCCAUCACCUGUACAUCCACACAGUGCAGAGACUGCUGUACGCCACCCGCGUGCUCACUUUCACAUGAAGAGGAAUAUUUCAGCCCACAAUGCUAACGCUACAUUGCUAA